AUGGCACCCCCUUCCAGGCAGCAGCCACGAGCGCCUCACGCGGCGGAGCGCGCGCGGCUCCUCCCGACAAAAGCGUCCCCCAGCGUCCGCGCCCCGCCCCGCUCCAUCAUUCUCAGCGUCUGCUCGUUCAUCCUCGUGACGGAAUUCUGCGAACGCCUCGCGUACUACGGCCUCGCCGGGUCGCUGCCCAUCUUUUUCCACCGCAACUUGGGCCUCAGUACGGUGCUCGCGACGGAGCUCAAUUCCACGUUCACGUCGCUGUCGUACCUCACGCCGCUGCUUGGCGCCUACGUCGCGGACCGGCACCUCGGCCGCUUUCUGACCAUUGGCGUCUUCUCGGCGCUCUACGUCGCGGGCCUCGCGCUCUGUGUCGUGGCGUCCUUGCCAGCCGUCUCGUCGCAGCCGCUCUUUCUCCUCGGCCUCUUUGGGGGCGUGGCCCUCGGUGCCGGAGGCAUCAAACCCAAUGUCGUCGUGCUCGGCGCCGACCAAUUCGACGUGACGAUCCCCGCGCAGCGCACCGAGAAGGACAGUUUCUUCAACUGGUUCUACUGGGCCAUCAACAUUGGCGCGACCUUUAGCUACGGCGUGCUCACGAACUUGGCCGUCAAUGGUCUCCCGCCCUACAUCGCGCCCGACUUUGGCUUCUUUGCGUCGUUUGCCAUCCCGGCCGCGGCCUUUGUCCUCGCCGUUGCGGUGUUUUGCGCCGGGCGACACCGGUACCGUCGCGUGCCGCCGAAAGGCAGUGCCUUGGCCAAGUUUUUCCACAUUUUGAUGCAGGCGGGGGCGCGUUCCAAGCGUGGGGCACUUGUGCUGAGUGGCGGCCUGGCGUUCGUCCCGGGGAUCGUGCUGACGACCGUGUCGUACUUUAUCCAAAGUGACGCGGGGCACGUUGCGAUGGCGCUCGCAGGGGCAGGAGCAGUCGCCUACGGCACGUUUGUCCUCAUUUUCUCGGGGGCAGCGACCACGUGGCUCGAGCUCGCCACGCGCUCUAGAGGCGGGUCGUUCUCGGCGCAAGACGUGCAAGACGCAGCCCAAGUGAUGCGCCUCGCGCCGUUUCUUGGGAUCAUCAUCAUCUUCUGGGCUGUCUACGGCCAAAUGAGCUCGAACUUUGUGGUCCAGGGCUGCCAAAUGGACCUACGCGUCAAGGGCAACGACCGCGUGCUCAUUUCAUCCGCCAUGCUCAACGUAGUCGAUUCCGGCGUCAUUCUCGUGUUCAUCCCCGUCUUUGAUCGCUUGCUCUAUCCGCUGCUGACGAAAGUGGGCAUCUAUCCGUCGCUGUUGCGCAAGAUCGGAGCCGGCCUCGUGUUUGCUCUGUUGGCCAUGUUGACAGCAGGCUGGAUGGAGCGUCUUCGCAAGAACAGCUCCAUGGUUGAAGGCGUGUACUCCAACUGCAGCGCAGCGGGCGAAGCGCUCCCCAUGUCGACGAUCAGCGUGUGGUGGCAAACGCCGCAAUAUGUGCUUGUGGGCGUGGCCGAGAUCCUGACGAGCAUUUCGUCGUACGAUCUGUUUUACUCUGAAGUGCCCGAGUCCAUGAGGAGCGUGUGCCAAGCGCUUAACCUGCUGACAACGACGCUGGGGUACAUCGUGGCGGGGGCGCUCAACAGCAUCUUCUCCUUUUGGAUCACAAGCGACCUCAACGACGGCCACCUCGAGUACAUUUACUUCAUGAUGGCGUUUCUCGUGCUAGUGAUGCUGGUGGCCUUCAUGUUCGUAUCGCAGUCUUUUGAGUACCAUGUACCUCCGCCAGGCCUCGACACCGUGACGGGUUUCUCUCCUGCGCUCUCUCGUGCUGCCCGAGACUUGCGAAAGAAGUUGCAGUACCAGCGUAACGGCAGUAAGUAA